CAAGUAGUAUUACACGGCAAAAGCAAAGGGAAGUGAUUGAUCAUAUAAAAAAAGAUCAAAGAUGGUAAGGCAAAGCGUGGUGAUGAUGCUUAUUACAAUAAGCAUAAUGUGUGCAAUGGCAGUGACUGAAAGCUUAAAAGUGAAAGCAGGGAAUUGGGGUGCGAGUUUUGAAGGGGAGAAUAAGGAAACGGUGACGAACCUGGAAUUCUAUUUCCACGACACGCUGAGUGGGCAAAACCCGAGUGCGGUUCGAGUGGCUGAACCGCUUGACAAGAAAAAGACAUCCAUGACCCUGUUCGGGGCGAUCAUGAUGGCGGAUGACCCGUUAACGGAGACAUCGGACCCCAAGUCGAAGAUAGUGGGCCGGGCCCAGGGGCUUUAUGGGUCGUCGUGUCAGCAGGAGAUUGGGCUUUUGAUGGCCAUGAGUUACUCCUUCACCGACGGCCCAUAUAAUGGAAGCUCCUUCGCUCUUCUCGGGAAAAACUCGGCCAUGAACCCCGUUCGUGAGAUGCCUGUCGUGGGUGGCACGGGUCUGUUCCGUAUGGCACGUGGCUAUGCCCUUGCCAAGACUCAUUGGUUUGAUCCCACCACCGGUGAUGCCAUUGUUGCCUACAAUGUCACCCUCCUUCAUUAAACUAAACAACUUACAUUUGUCCACUCUUUCUAUAUUCCUUAAUGCUUAAUUAGUUAUUUGUCUCCAUGGAACACUCUCUUGUCAUGUCUUCCUUCUUUUUCUACUACUGCCACCACAUCCCAACAUAUACUUCGCUUUGAUAACUUCCAGCCGUUAAUAAAACCUUUAUUUCUUUUCUCUCUGUUA